AUGGUCGUGGCGCGGUUGCUUACGACGAAAUUCCCCUUGGCUUGCUUCUUGAUGGAGUUGGCUUUGCAGCUGCAGAGGCAGGAGGCUGACCUGGAGUUAUUCUGGCUGCCGCGGCUGCAAAAUGAAAAAGCCGAUGCCUUGACGAACCAAUGUUACAUUGCCUUCGAUCCAGCAAAGCGUUGCAGGUCAUAUUCUGCAACCAGUUUUCCUGGAGAGCUCCUCUGGAUCCCAAAAUCUUUGGACUAUGCGAAGUGUGAAAAAGGGACGGCUUUGCCUGGAAUCCUGCUCAACUGUCUUCACGCCAGAUAUUUUGUGCUGUUUCUACACAGCAAUGGCGAGGACAUUGGUAUGUGCCACACCUUUGCAUCACGUUUGCGAGAUUUGCUUGAGGUCCAUGUGCUGUUGGUCGAGUUUCCAGGCUAUGGCCUUUGUUCGGGCAAACCCUCCGAGGACAGCUUGCAGUCAGCUGCUGAUGCGUGCUUUCGCUAUGUCAGAGAGGUGUUGCAAGUGGCACCAGCCGAUAUCAUUGUCAUGGGCCGGAGCAUGGGCGCAGCAGUGGCGUUGUCAUUGGCUGAGAAGUUCUACUUUGGCGGACUAGUUCUGAUUGCUCCUUUCCUGAGCCUCAGGGAUGCCCUGGGUCAGUACACUGGGGCAAAAAUGUCUGAGAUGAUGUUGGACGAGGUUUUUUGCAACAAAGAACGGAUCAAGGGCGUCAAGGUUCCAACCUUGGUGAUACAUGGUCAAAAAGACCGCCUCAUAGAUAGCUCUCAAGGUCAGCAGCUCUUUGACCUGUGCCCCAGCAGAAAGAAACUCUUUGUUUGUCCUGAAGAGAUGGGCCUAUACUUCGAUUCUUUCCGCUACCAGACUACUAUUUCACUGCACUCAGAGUGCCCAAAGAGGCCUUUGACAAGCGCUUGUGUCCUCUUUACCAUGGGGUGGUUGAGAUGA